AUAAAGCCCGACCUGGCUUCGGUCAGAAGUGUAUACUAUUGAAUGUACGCGAUAGAACCACUUCAGUUUCGAAUUCGUAGAACUUACUAGUAAGUUUGUAGUUUUAAACCACGUGCACGUUAUUUGGACACACAUAUAUUUUUUACAUUUAACUACAGUAUUAUAUGAACGUAUAAGUUAAAGGGUAAAGAUGUUAAGUUUUGUCUUGCAAGAAGUUUCGAAUAACACGCAGCAAAACACAACAAGGUCGGAGGACUGGACUAUUGUGUACUUCGCUGUCAGAUGGAUCCAGCUGUCUAUGGCAGUGCUAAGCAUUUUAGGUUCGGCCUCCAUAAUUGUUUAUGCAACUUUUCAACGUCUCGUAAGGACACCUGAGUUCCAGCCAUUGUUGUUCCUGAGUGUGACAGACUUUCUGUUGGCACUCAGCUGGCUGAUAGGAGCAGUUCUGUUCACCCAGGAUGGUGAUAACCAUGGCAACUGCUACAACCUGCACAUCGUUGAACAGAUGCUGUACAUGGCCUCGUUCUUCUACACAUUGAACUAUGUAUGGACCCUCUACUCUGGGCUGAAGAACAAAUUCUACAGGAGCCUUAAUGGAUGCCCAGCCCAUUACACUACCAAAGUAAGCAGUUUUAGCAAGUUGGCUGCAGUCUUGUCCUGUGUCUUUCCAGUGCUGCUUAUGGUGCCAGUAUUUGUAACCGGAAACAUGGGCUACUGUUACAGGAACUUCAGUAAGCCAUACAAGUGCCUUCUAAUGCACACAGAGGCACUCUUUGUAUCCGCUGACUUCCUUGAGUUGAAGGUGGACUCGGCUUGCCAACGGUUGCACAUGUACAGUAUUGCUGCCUUCCUUACAGCCUUCGUCCUCACCUUUAUUGGCAUUGUGGUGCUCAUGGGGAAAGCCCGCGCCAUGUACAGACGUUGUGUUACAACCAGUGGUUUCCUCAGCGACAGGCAGUGGACGUCCCUUCGCGGUCUAGAGCGACGCAUGCUACUUUACCCCUCCGUGUUCCUCUUUUGUUGGGGCCCAGCUGUCUUGCUGGCAGCCAUGAUUCUGUACAACCCGAGAACAGUAGAGGGAGUUGUAGGUGUCAUUCUCUACGUCUUACAGGCCUUCACCUCGUCCUCUCAAGGUCUUCUGAACUGUGUGGUGUAUGGCUGGACACAGAGACACUUCCGCUUAGCUAGCAAAGAUGCCCUAAGGGACAUGGAUACCCAGACCCCACUUUUGAGAUCUCAAAAGAAAGGGUAUAAAACACUUUGGUCCACACCGUCCCCCAAUACAGAUGGGAGUGGCUGAUCCUCUUCAACCAAAACAUUUUACUCAUCAUUUACUGAUGGUGUUUUGUGAGAGGAUGGAGAACAAAACCUUUUGUGCAAGACUAAAGGUUUCCUUUUUAAAGUUGGGGACAGUCCCUUGGAAAACACCUGUAUCUAAUGAAAAAAGAAUACCCAAGGUUGUACGUAAGAGACAGCAGAGUCAAAGGCCACUGAGAAACAAUGAAAAAGAACCAGGGAAUUUACAAGAGGAAGAGCAGCAAUGAAACAGGAUCUGAGAGCUCUGUACUGUCAUCACGAUCAGAUUCACUCCUCCCUACCACUUGUUCUGAUUACAUGGGUUUGUACAAAACAUUGUCUUCUGCAUUCGUGUUUAGAAUCUCCCAGAGUAACUGAGGGCAGCCAUUUCUGAAAGGCCUUAUAGCAGCGUGCUGUGUCUUUUAUUCAUUGGGCCCCUGAUUGAGCCUAGCCAAGUGGGGGGGGGGGGGUGUGAGUGGCCUGUCACUUCUCAUGUUGACAGAACAAAGGAACUCCAUUCACAGAGAUGCUGCCCGACAUACCAUGUUGGCCCAUUGUGCUGGAUGAUGGCUCUAUACACGCAAGUGUGUGCAAUAAUUAGUUCUCACAUGGGCUUGUUCACUGGCACGUUACAAUAAGUCUAUGGUCUCUCUGUGGGUUUAUUGCAAUCAAAUACAUUUUAUUAAUCACGGGAUUGUGUAUGCUAAGCAAAAAAUGGGACCGGCAUGGCAAUGGGAUGAAUAGCAGAACAUGCAUAAAUGUAAUUGUAAAAUACAAGUAAAAUAUAUUUUAAAGCUU